AUUUAAUGGACUCCUCACACCACUUUGUUAAGCACGGAUGAUGUAGAUUUUACUCUUCAUUCCAACUAGUUUAAGCAAAAGCAGCUUUCUUUCAAGCAACAUGUGAACAGUCGGGGAGUACACAGAUUGAUCACAGUCAGUCGAUAACAUGGACUAGGACAAUAUCAUCGUUUUGCCUUUUUUUCGCCUAUCACGAAGCUCCUGUAUAAAGCAAAAAAAAUGUUUUCGUCAGCGUUUGCUUCAGAACCUAUGCUCGAGGUCAGGGUGGACGAGAUGAAGGGACCUCGUCUAGAAGCUGCUACACUCUUCUGCGGUCGCCUCAACUUGACGCAGGGCGUGCUAUUCAUCACGGGGAGUCAUCUUAUGUUGCAGGUUCUCUAUUUGCUUAAUACGCAGAAUCUUUAUCUUCUUAAAGCUGCGUGCAGUACCUCGAGAUCAUGGCUGUGUCGAAUCCUCUUCGGCACUUCUGCUAGGUAGUGCUGCAAAAUCUCAAAGAAGAUUCAGGGAAGUCGUAGGUCCAAUCCGAACCGACUAACAUCAUCAUCAUCCCAGUCUGCUAGUGCUGCAGACACAUCUAGCUCUUCCUCCUCUAACAACUUGGUCUUUAUGGUCUCCUUUAUCGUGGCGAUGAGCAGUCAACACAAAAUGCGUUUCGCUGGAAUGGAUAUCGGGGUUCAAACACAGUUGAUCUACGGAACAUGGUACUCUUUACUACUAGUUGUACUAACCAUGCACUGAAGGUACUUCUUACUACUAGUUGGACUAACCAUGCACUGAAGGUACUUCUUACUACUAGUUGGACUAACCAUGCACUGAAGGUACUUCUUACUACUAGUUGUACUAACCAUGCACCGAAGGUACUUCUUACUACUAGUUGGACUAACCAUGCACUGAAAGAAUUAUGGUACUAACCAUGCACAGAAAGAAAAACCAUGCACUGAAAGAAUUAUGAUACAUCUCCCCACUUCUAGUUCUAGUACUAUGGGAUUAUCAGAAAACAUUUUCGCCGAGGCUGAGCACGACUUAUUCUUGCUUGCAAUAGAUGGGGAGAUGUGAAUUAAUCUUUUUCGAUUGGGAUAUCAACCGAUUAAGCACGAGUACCACCAACCAAUCCUGGACCAAUCCUGAGGUUCCUGUUCGGGAUCAUUAUUGCGAUCGGUGGUGGUGUAGGAGUCCUCUAUCGCAUCGAACUGCAGUUGCGCCGUUACGCGUAUUAUCUGGGCCUCACGUCCCUGACCCUCGCUUUGCAUCUUUUCGGUGCUGUUGUUAUGGAAGGAACAGAUGGAUCGUUUUUAACCUCUUCCUCUAGUGAGGAAUAGUUUGGAAUCACGCAGCUGCAGGACGACAGAAGAUGCAGAGUCAGUCUAAUUGGUACUGUGAUUACUACAACAGGAACAGAUCGUUAUUUUUAGCCUCCUCCUCUAGUGACUAUAACGUUAACGAUAAGGAAGGAACCUUUAGGAACAGAUCGUUAACUUCCACCUAGAAGACGAGGUGCCUAUCGUGAACCUCUUCCUAGUGACAGAUGAGGAUCGCGAACGUUACAGAAGGUUAGGUACCUGCUACGGGAACGUGAUUACAACAGGAACAGGAGGUACCUACAGGAUCUGUUCUGUGAUUACAACAGGAACAGGAGGUACCUACGGGAACUGUUCUGUGAUUACAACAGGAACAGAUCGUUAACCUCCACCUCUAGUACCACAAGGGCUUUUCAUCUAAUCAACCCAGCGGUGAAUUGUGUAGAGCGAAUUUAAGUCCGUACCUCCGAAACCUGACGGAGAGCAUAAUGUGCGGAACGACGAAUACUUUCGCGCUGUUUUGCUAUGGAGAACGAUCUUCAAGAAAAAGUACAAUGAAGCAAGUCGAGGAUGAUCGGUACCAUCGAUAACGAUCCAGUUGGCAGCAAUAGAAGAUACACGCAAGAUUAUAAUAGUAGUUGUGCAAGAUAGUUAUUCUGUUGCACACAGACUACAUUCAUAGUUAUGUCGUACUUCUCCUUCCCCCGGCCAAUCCACACUCCCCUCCUUCAUCUCGCGAUCGUCGUUUUCCUGCUCCUUACCUUCUAUUGUGCCUACAUUGUCUGGUCCGCCGCUGAAGAGGUGCAUGUGGCGUUUUUUCCGGAGCUCGAGCAGCAUUUGCGGAGGCUCGAAGCUGAAAGGAAGAAAGGGCUCGCGGCACUAGCGGCUCAAAAAGGUGAUGCGACGCUGAAAAAGAAAUUCGCCACUAAAGAGAUGAGUGAUUAUGGUCAACAUUUAGUGUCCAUCAUUCUCGGCAUCUUGGUCCCCUUUUUCCUUGUAUCUAUUCUCGUGAAAUACAAGGUAAAAGGGGUUAAGAUGAGGGGGCCGAGAUGCAAUCUAGCAGACUCUAAAGUGACGAAGCGGAAUUCCAACGAAAGAUGGCGCGGCUACAGGGGAUUACUGAUUUUACGGUCCUCUACCAGGCUCGUAGUAAAGUAACUCCACUACGUUUGUAUUGGUGUCUAUUUGGUUUUUUGAGUAGUUUUCAUGCUCAACCAGCACUUGCAGAUGAUCCGUAAGUGGAACUGACUCUAUCGACACAACUCUAAGGCCCUUGAGCAGAUUGCAAAAGUCAUUGAUGAAGAGGAGGACUUGGAAGACAUCCCAGAUGAAGACGCGGUCACGAUUGCGCGAUUGGUAGGCGAGGAUCAAACGAUGCAGGUGUGAUGAAUCUUCCUGCGGCGGCCAGACGCUCUUGCUAAUAAAGCCCUCGACAGUAGAGGUUGAUUGAUAUGGUAGCUAGAUAGUUUUUUCUCAACCUCAAGUUGUUGCACCAGAAUCUUUUUUCCAACUAAAGCGUGGUGGAAGCUGACCACUGCCUGUAAAGAAAUGCGAAGUUUUGCACAGUGCGACCGUUUUAAGUUUUCUCUCCACGGCAAAAUCAC